CUUAGCCCGCGGGAUUUGGAGCUCUUCUCUCGCGAGAUCUUCCUCGUGCUAGAGCCGGCAGUGGUGGCCGUUCAGGCGGCGGCAACGGGCGUCCAGAACGAUGGAGUAUAUGACAGAAUCCACCGACCGCACUCCGGGGCACAUCUUGUGCUGUGAGUGUGGUGUCCCAAUUAGUCCAAAUCCUGCCAAUAUUUGUGUGGCCUGUUUGCGAAGUAAAGUAGACAUCAGCCAAGGCAUUCCGAAGCAGGUCUCUAUAUCUUUCUGCAAACAAUGCCAAAGAUAUUUCCAGCCACCAGCAACUUGGAUACAAUGUGCAUUAGAAUCCAGGGAACUUCUUGCUUUGUGCUUGAAAAAAAUCAAAGCUCCUCUGAGUAAGGUACGGCUUGUAGAUGCAGGCUUUGUUUGGACUGAGCCCCAUUCUAAGAGACUUAAAGUUAAACUGACUAUUCAGAAAGAGGUGAUGAAUGGUGCUAUCCUUCAGCAAGUGUUUGUGGUGGAUUAUGUUGUUCAGCCCCAAAUGUGUGGAGAUUGCCACAGAGUAGAAGCUAAGGAUUUCUGGAAGGCUGUGGUUCAAGUCAGACAAAAGACUUUGCACAAAAAAACUUUCUACUAUCUGGAGCAGUUAAUUUUGAAAUAUGGAAUGCAUCAGAAUACACUUCGUAUCAAAGAGAUUCAUGAUGGUCUGGAUUUCUAUUAUUCUUCAAAACAGCAUGCUCAGAAGAUGGUAGAAUUUCUUCAGUGUACAAGUCCUUGUAGAUACAAAGCUUCACAGAGACUGAUCUCUCAGGAUAUCCAUAGUAACACGUACAAUUACAAAAGCACUUUUUCUUUGGAAAUUGUUCCAAUAUGCAAGGAUAAUGUUGUCUGUCUGUCUCCAAAACUGGCACAAAGUCUGGGGAAUAUGAACCAGAUUUGUGUGUGUAUUCGAGUAACCAGUGCCAUCCAUCUCAUUGAUCCAAAUACCCUUCAAGUUGCAGAUAUUGAUGGGAGCACUUUCUGGAGUCACCCUUUCAAUAGUUUGUGCCAUCCCAAACAGCUAGAGGAGUUUAUUGUGAUGGACUGCAGCAUAGUCCGAGACCUGAAACGCAGUGCAGGUGCUGGAAUGAUAUCAAAAAAGCAUACCCUUGGGGAAGUCUGGGUACAGAAAACAUGUGAAAUGAAUACAGAUAAACAGUAUUUUUGUCGCACUCAUUUGGGACAUCUUCUGAAUCCUGGAGACCUGGUGUUGGGGUUUGAUUUGGCAAACUGUAACUUAAAUGAUGAGCAUGUCAACAAAAUGAAAUCAGAUAGAGUCCCAGAUGUGGUAUUAAUCAAAAAGAGCUAUGACCAUACCAAACGUCGGCGUCGUAGAAACUGGAAACUGAAAGAGCUUGCAAAAGACAGAGAAAACAUGGAUACAGAUGAUGAAAGACAAUACCAAGAUUUCCUUGAAGAUCUUGAAGAAGAUGAGGCAAUUAGAAAAAAUGUAAACAUUUACAGAGAUUCAACCGUUCCUGUGGAAAGUGACACAGAUGAUGAAGGAGCACCUCGAAUUAGUCUGGCUGAAAUGCUCGAAGACCUUCAUAUUUCUCAGGGUGCUACUGGUGAAGAAGGUGAAUCGAUGAUGACAUAAUGAGAUCAUGUUGGAGCUGGUUUCCGCAUCUAUAGGCUCAGGAAGUUGGACAAAAUAACCUUUAGUGUAUCUCAUCUAUGCCUCAAUAUUCAGGGAGGAGAAAUUUAGUUUUAAACCUGAGUAAAUAUGACUAUUUUGAUUGCUCACUCAAAGUACUGGAAAAGAUUGAUGGCUUUGAAAUUUUAGACAAAAGAUUGUGGAGAAUAUUAUUAUUACUGAUAUUUAGGCAAUUUUACAUGUGGAAUUUUAUUGGUUUGCUUUAUUAUGAUACAAGUAUUUUCACAUACAGUAGUGCUAGAUUUAAAAGUUUAAAAGUUGCAAUUCCUUGCAGGUUACCUAAAUCUUUAAGCAUGAAACAAGCUUUUACAUUCUUUUUAUAUUGAUUGUUUUAGUAAAAGAGCAUAUGAAGAAUCAUUUUUAAUAUGAACUUGUUAUGCACAUUGAUCCACUUUAGAUCAUUUUUAUGUCCUUGGGGUAGGGAAGUUGGGGUUCAGUUUAUCACUGAACAUUCAGGAGGAAAGUUAAUUUUAUUAACAUCCUCAAAAGUUGUUGAAUUUGGGGUUAUCUUAAUUUUUAUUUCAGAAGAAAAUAUAUUUAAAAUAUUUGUGGAUUUGUAGCAGACGUACACUAAUUAAAGAUUACCAUAAAUAACAAUUUGUACUUUAGUUAUUUUUGCCUGUGCUAGCAGCUUAGGGCUGUAGCUGCUUAUGUCAUAAAAAAUGUCUUGCUAUCACUUCAAGGGUUUUGCUUUUAAAAGCUUGGUUUACAAAUUGAAAAGGAAGGAGUUUUCUGUAUAUGUUUCUAUCGUUUAACACGUCACCAUCAAAAAGAAUAUUAGAAUCCAGCACACAGAUAAAUAAUAAAAAUGAUCUUUAUGCUUUAUAAAACCACGAGUCAGAUUUGAAUAGGAAUGCCUUCCACAUCUUUGAAAGAAAAACAUUGGUUUGGGUUUUAAAGUGUUUUGAGAAUGAAAUAUUAAGAUCCUAUUUCAGUAAGCAAGAUCAUACUUCCUAAGUAUGCCAGAACAAGAGCUAAUUUAAAAAUUCUAAGUGUACCAAUCAUUAAGGAAAUUGAGUAAGUGCUGAAUGGAACAUUUUCCUUUUUUUGAGAUUGGACUCUUUAAUUGUGAGGUUAUGAAUAAAGGCUUGAACUUUCUAUAAUGGCCCCUUUCUAUCUGCAUAUUUAAAGUUUGCACUUGUCUGUGUUUACCUAUUCUUUGUCAAGACUUGAUAAAGCAUGAAAAUAAAAAUCUCCUUUUUGUGUGUCAUGAA